UAUUUUUUCUAUAAAUUUUACUGUUUAGCUACAAAAUUUGUUUAUUCGCUUGUUAUUCAAGUUGGCAUGGGUACGUUACUGAUAAAUCAGAUCUCGGAAAAGGAGGUGUUAGGAGAUGAGAAAGAUGAUGUUAUGGGAUUUGGAGAUGAAGAUGAAAUUUCGAAAGAUAAUAAGAGGAGGAUUUGUCGUGUGUGUAAGAAAGUAUUUGGUUCUGGUAAAGCAUUAGGAGGUCACAUGAGAAUUCACGUUGAGUCUCGUUCUAAAAAGGAAAAAUCAAAACCACGUGAAGAAGUGGAUGUAGAAAAUUGCAAUAAUGAUGAGUUGGUACCAAUUUGUAAAGUCUGUGGUAAGGUUUUUCCAUCGAUGAAAUCGUUGUUUGGGCAUAUGAGAUCUCAUCCUGAACGGGAAUGGAGAGGAAUUCUUCCUCCUCAUUUGAAAUCUAACGAUGUAAAAAAAGCGAAAAAAACAGCUUCUGUACCUGGAUGGUCAGUUACAGCUAAGCGAGGGAGAAAGCCCAAUGCUGAAGAAGAAGAUGAACAAUUGCAGGAUGCUGUUCAUCACCUUAUGCUGCUCGCAAACGGAGAUUCAAUCGAGUCUGUUGUUACUGGACAUGAUCAUACUCCUGAAGAAGAAUUGGAGAAAACGAACAGUAAUUCUCUUACUUCCAAAGCUGAAAAUGAGGAAUUUGUUUCUGAAGAAUUGGAUAGGAAGAAAAAGAAGAGGAAGUUGAGGCAUCUGAAUUCUGUACAUGAUAGUCCAGCUUCAGUUGCAGUUACAGCAACGCCUGAAAAAUACGAGUGCAACACUUGUGGGAAAAGCUUCGCAACUCAUCAAGCACUUGGUGGACAUAAAUCAAGUCACAAUAAGUUGAGAAUCGUAAUCGAAAAUUCCAACGAUUCAAUCAUUGAAGAAGCAGCUGCUAGCAGCUCAAAGUUGUUGGGUGAUAGCAAAUUAUCAACCACUGGAGGAAGAAUUGCGGAUUUUGAUCUCAAUGAAUUGCCCUCUGAUCAUGACAAUGAACUUGCUGGUAAUCCUGAUUACUUUCCCUUUUUUUCUAUUUAACAAUAUUGAAGUCUUGAAGUUUGAUCAAUCGACUCCUCGGAUGCUUUCUGCACCAGACUGUUAUCGAUAGUACAUUAGUUUUAGUCUAUAUAUCAGUUUAAAUUUCUAAUCAUUGCAAAAAUACUUAGUAAUUAGCCAUCUUGGUUACGUAGCUUGUGUUCUUUUUUCCUUGUUUAACAUCCUUAGCUUAAUUAUGUGGUGUUUUGAAGUUGGGAUUUGUUUGUUAUUAUCUUGAUUGGAAGCAUAAUUGUCUAAACAAGCCUGCUGGAAAACACCAAAUGUAUAUAAAUAUGCACAAGAUUUCUUGGUUUAUUAAUUUAGUUUCGAUUUCUCUCAGAAUUGUUUUUGCUUGAAUCGUCGAUCUAUAAAAAAACAACUCUCUUAAA